AUGGCUUCGGCCAUGCUGUAUCUUCCGCCGCUCGACCUCUCCGGCGGACCGUUUUCCCCGCGACCGCGACGGUCCACGAGCACCGGCAGAAUUAGCAGCGGGUUGCAUCCGAAGCCGUUUCCUGCAGGAUGCGUCGGAUCGGACGCGGCGCAGGUGGACCCUUCGGAUGCCGACGGCAAUUGCGGGGACGCUGCCCCUUGUACAGGAAAAUUUCUGUCAUCCUAUGGAAGAAGAAGGCUUACCUUGGCAUUGUCUCUUCCUUUCAUGUUUCCUCAGUACCAUAUUGCUAAAGCGAUUGACAUCAGAGAAGAAGCAUUGGUUAUUCAAAAUGGGGUGAGCAGUUUUAUGACCAAGGCAAAAGCUGCUGGAAUGCUACGUCUGGCUUUCCAUGAUGCAGGGACAUUUGAUUCAGGCGACAAUUCAGGUGGAAUGAAUGGUUCUAUAGUAUAUGAACUUGAGAGACCAGAAAACGUUGGUCUUAACAAAUCAGUCAAAGUAUUGACUAAAGCAAAGAUGGAGAUUGAAAAAACUCACCCAGUAUCAUGGGCGGAUCUAAUUGCUGUAGCUGGUGCUCAGGCGGUUUCUUUCUGUAGAGGACCAACUAUUCCUCUUCAAUUAGGUCGGAUAGAUGUAAGGACACCAGAUCCUGAAAGAAGGCUUCCUGAAGAAACUCUAGAUGCCUCUGGUCUAAAGGAGUGCUUUUUGAAGAAAGGCUUUUCGACACAAGAACUAGUUGCAUUAUCUGGAGCACAUACGAUUGGAGGCAAGGGAUUUGGCAGUCCUGUUAUUUUCGACAAUGCCUACUACAAAAUACUUCUAGAAAAACCAUGGGCAUCUUCAGCCGGUAUGUCAAGCAUGAUUGGGCUUCCAUCAGAUCGAGCAAUAGCAGAUGAUGACGAAUGCUUAAGGUGGAUAAAACUUUAUGCAGUUGAUCAGGAGAAGUUCUUUGGUGAUUUUAAGAAUGCUUAUAUCAAGCUUGUUAACUCUGGAGCUUCAUGGAAAACUGUGUAACUAAAGAAAUUUUCUCCCAUGGCAACAAAAGUCUAUCAGAAACAGAUGAAGACCACAAAACAAGAGUUUUGCUACUUCAUGUAGUUUAUCGUCCUUUUUAGCUUUGUUACAUUGACAACAAUCAUGUGGCAAAAGGUGAUUAGCUCGUCGUACCUCUGUCAAUCCAUCUCUAGGUCAAUACUGAAGAGGUAAAUCAGACUACUAGUUAUUAGUGCAAAUGAUAAGACAUGAGAGAAAAUAUGUUCGGUCACACCGAGUUUCGAUCCCAAAACUUUAUGUGGUAACAUUCCAUAUUUUAAUCAUCACACCGCCUUGAGAAGACUACAUUGGCAAC